AUGCGCUCGGCGCGCUUCGCCCUGGCCUGGCCUGCCUGGGGAGCGCGCUCGGCAGGGCGGGAGGAUCCGGCCCAGGGCCGGGGGCGGCGGAGGGGCGGCAGCGGGACAACGGGAAACCGGGACAGCGGGACACGGGGACAGCGGGACGCGGGCUGGCAGCGCCGGGACAGCGGGGCCGGGGCGGCGGGACAGGGGCCGGCAGUGUGUGGGGGGCACGGCGGCGGCAGCCCAAAGCAAUCGAGGCCGGAGCAUGCGGCGGCGCCUGGUGCACCUGGACCUGAAGGGCGCCGCGCCCCGCGCGCCGUACCUGGAACAGGUGAGGGAGGGACCUGGGGCAGGUGUCGGAUUUACCAGGCACAGGUGCUGCCGCUGUUCCGUGCCCUCGGUGCCACCGGGCUGCUGCUGGAAUAUGAGGACACCUUCCCGUAUACGGGGCCGCUGGAGCCGCUGCGGGCACCGCACGCCUACAGCCCCGCGGAGCUCCGGGCUGUGCUGAGCCGGGCGCGGGCGCAGGGCCUGGACGUGGUGCCGCUGGUGCAGAGCUUCGGGCACAUGGAGUUUGUGCUGAAGCACAGGGAGUUCGCUCACCUGCGGGAGGUGCCGGCGCUGCCCAACGCCCUGAACCCGCACAAGGAGGAGUCUCUGGCGCUGGUCAAGGCCAUGAUUGACCAGGUCAUGGCCCUGCACGAGGGCCUGGAAUGGUUCCACAUCGGAUGUGAUGAGGUCUACUACCUCGGUGAAGGAGAGGAGUCCAAGCAGUGGCUGCAGCAGCCAGACAACACCCCAGAGAAGCUGUGCUUGGCCCACAUAAAGGCAGUUGCCAGUUGUGUGGCCUCAUCUUACCCCAGGGUGACUCCCAUCGUGUGGGAUGACAUGCUCAGGGGGAUGAGUGAGCAAACACUGGCAGACUCCGGGGUCCCACAGCUGGUGCAGCCCAUGAUCUGGGACUAUGCAGCCGACCUGGAUGUGGAGGGCAAAGUGCAGCUCAUAGAGAAGUAUCAGAGAUGUGGCUUCUCCAAGGUGUGGUUUGCAAGUGCCUUUAAAGGAGCCACAGGAGUGAAUCAGUCCCUCACACUGAUUGGGCACCACCUGAAGAACCACCUGGAGUGGCUGGAAGUGGCCAGCAGGACCCCCCCUGAUGUCCUUGAAGGUAUCGCCCUGACCGGCUGGCAGAGGUAUGAUCACUUCUCUGUUUUGUGUGAGCUUCUCCCAGUGGCAAUUCCAUCCCUGGCUGUGUGUCUGCAGGCACUAAAGAAUGGUGGCUACUCUGAAAAGGUUAAAGAAAAUGUGGAAGAGCUCCUGGGAAUGUCUAACCUGGAGAUUGAUACUUACAUGAGCACAAGUCUGGGCACCUUUCCUGGGAGCAACAUCCUCACCCUUGUGACACAAGUGAGCUUCCACCUCAAGUCAUCAGUGGAUGAACUUCUGGAAAGGAACAGGUAUGUCACAGGCUGGUUCAGCCCCUACCACAGGAAAAGGAAGAUUAUUCAUCCUAUAAUAAUGCACCUCUUCCAGCCAGAUGCAGUCAGUCUCCUCUCCAAGUGGAAUGCUGUGGUGCAAGACCUCCAAGCAGCCAUGGAGCAAGUUUUCCCCCAGUGUGCUAUAGAGGAGUGGAUGGAGGAGAACGUCCACCCCAGCCUGCAGAAGCUGCAGCAAGUGGUGGAUGAUUUAGAUGAAGCAAUAAAAGCACAAAAUUAGGGGCACUUCAAUUAGUCUGUCUCAUUCCAUGGGAAAACAUGGCUAGUGGAAAUCAGCAACUAGUCAUUGAGCUGGAGUUUGUCAUCUGGAGAGCUGAACUGUGAUUAAACAACAGUGACCUGAGGGCAAGAAGGAAUUUACUGGUGUAAUAGACUUCAAGUCUGUUUUAAUCUCCCUGUCUUAACACACACUGAGCCUUAAUUCACCUGCCCUGUAAGUCAGGUUUGCUGCCCUUGCAUAACAGAAUGCAGGAGUCACAACUGGAGAAAAAACCAGUUUCUUCCACAUUCAGUAUUUGUAGCAACAGAGUUUCUUACUUAACAAUACCUGGAAAAGUUCUACAAGUUCUACUCCAGUCAGUGCCCAACAUGUCCACCCUUUGCAAUUUUUAUAAAAAGAAAUAUUUAGGAUACUUACACCAUGCUUUAGGUCCUUUUGUUCUGUCCUGCCACUCCUCCAUGUGUCAGCUGUGCUGUGUCCUGCCAUUCCAUCACCAGUCCUUCCACAGCAGGGAGCAGUUCCAGAUUUUGGGUUGGAUUUUUUCAGUCUUUGAAACACAUAAAAGCCUGGGGCUUAAAUCCUGCUUUGAUUAGCCUGAGGUCAGGGAUUAACAUCCAGCCUUUUGCAGAGGUCUGAGCAAGGCCCUGUCAGGUGCUGACAGGUCACAGCAGAGGCAGAGGGGACAGGGGCCAUCCCAGGCCAGAGCCAGAGGGAGCUCCAGGAAUAGUGACCCUUGGACUUGGAGGGAAAACUGCCAAACAAACAUUGGGCUGCUUCACUGGCUGCCAAAGCAUCAGUUAACCUCAGCUUAGUCUCAUUCCCACAGAAAAGCACCAUCCCACUCUCUAAGGCACCUGUUGAGCUCUGUAAAACCUGAAACUGCAGGUUUGUCCCAGUUUAAGGCAUGACUUAAAGUUACUAAAUAUGAGGGAAAAAUGCUGGUUUAUUCUGCUUUAAUAUCAAACUUUUCAUAUUGUGUGGCAAUAUAUUUUGUGGACGUAACUGGAGCAAUAAGAUAAACACCACAGUGGAAAUAAUUCAGAAGUCUGGUAGUUAAAUACAUCACCAUGAAUAUUCAAAAUAUUUACUUGUGCUUCACUUAUUCCUUUAUUUUUUUUUGGAAGCACAGGUAUUGAAAUUUUCUUGGAACAAUCUCUAGAUUCAGAAAGUACAAGUACAGCAUAAGACAAACUUUAACUUUCUCAGUGAGAGCCUCAGUGAUUAGGUCCACAUGCAGAUUUUAUUCUAAAAACAAGCAAUUGCUAUGCAGACCUUAAUUACAAAAGUUACAUGCCUUGAACUAAACAAGAUCUUAACUUAUUUUCCUUGAAUAAAUCCUUUGAUACUCAAAA